AUGGCGGAUUCUGCAUCUCAAGACCCUGAUACUGCCGACGCAGGUGCCGCAGGAGAAGAUGGCGAAGUCGCUCCAUCGCCCGACGUCCACUUCGAACCUGUCAUGAAACUGGAACAGUUGGAUGACAUCAAGACUUUUGAAGAGGAUGAAGAAACUUUAUUCAAAAUGCGAGCCAAACUAUUCCGCUUCGACAAGGGCCUAACAGAAUGGAAGGAACGAGGAACCGGUGAUGUCAAAUUCCUCAAACACAAGGAUUCUGGUCGUGUACGAUUACUAAUGAGAAGAGACAAGACUCAUAAGAUUUGUGCCAAUCAUUAUGUCACAUCCGAAAUGCAACUAUCAGCCAACGUGGGAUCAGACAGGUCAUGGGUAUGGAGCUGUGCUGCAGAUUUCUCGGAAGCUGAACCAAAACAGGAAUUAUUGGCUAUUCGGUUUGCUAAUAGUGAAAAUGCAAACAAAUUCAAGGAAAAAUUCGAAGAAAUGCAAAAAGUCAAUGCCGAUAUCGCAGCUGCUGAAGGUGGUGCAGAAGCAUCAACAGACAGUAGUAAAAAGGAUGAAGAAAAGAAAAAAGACGAUGACAAGUCUGAUUCUGAAGAAGAUGAUGAUCUUUGA